AUGGACUCCCUUGUUGCAGCAAACUCCAAAUUUUGCUUUGACCUUUUCAAAGAGAUAAGCAAAGAUGGUUCUCUUAGAAACAUCUUUUUGUGUCCUCUGAGCCUUUCAGCUGCCCUCGGCAUGGUCCACCUGGGGGCCAGAAGUGACAGUGCCUGUCAGAUCAAUAAGGUGCUCCACUUCAAUGAAGUUUCCCAGAAUGAAAAGAAAGAACCCGGUCCCCGUUGGAAAAGCAACAAAUCAGGAGUGGUGGCUGACAGUCCUGUGAAGGGACAGGGAAGGAAAGAGGGACCUCCGGAUCUGCAGGCUGGAGAGAUGAAUUCUUCGAAUGAUGCACUUAACUGCUGUUUUGGGAAGCUCCUCUCCAAGCUGUACCGAACUCGAGCUGAUUACACUCUGAGUAUUGCCAACAGACUCUAUGGAGAGCAGGGAUUUCUGAUCUGCCCGGAAUACCUGGAUGGUGUGGUUCAGUUUUACCACACGACGAUGGAAAGUCUUGAUUUCCGGAAGGAUAUUGAAAAGUCCAGACAAGAGAUUAACUUCUGGGUUGAAUCUCAAUCCCAAGGUAGAAUCAAGGAAUUCUUCAGCAAGGACACGAUCAAUAAUACAACUGUGUUAGUGCUGGUGAAUGCCGUGUACUUCAAGGCCAAAUGGGAGAAUGUCUUUGACUAUAAAAACACUGUUGAUGCAUCUUUCACUCUAAAUGAGAACGAAAAGAAGAGUGUGAAGAUGAUGAACCAAACGGGUUUGUUUAGAAUUGGCUUCAUAGAGGACCUGCAGGCUCAGAUCCUUGAAAUGAGGUAUACCAAGGGGAAAAUCAGCAUGUUCGUCCUGCUGCCAAGGUCUUCUUCAGACAACCUGAAGGGCCUGGAAGAGCUUGAAAGUAAAAUGACCUAUGAAAAAAUGGUGGAAUGUACUAACCCCGAAACCAUAUCAGAAGAAACCGUAGCAGUCUCCUUCCCACAGUUCACCUUAGAAGACAGCUAUGAUCUUAAUGCUAUUCUACAAGCUAUGGGUAUUGUGGAUAUCUUUGAUGAAGCCAAAACUGAUCUUACCGGAAUCUCUUCUAGUCCUAGUUUGUACCUGUCAAAGUUUGUCCAUAAGACGUGCUUGGAGGUGGAUGAAGAUGGCACCCAGGCAGUUGCAGCCAGUGGGGCUGUUGGUGUGACAAGGACAUCCUAUGUGACUUUUAAUGCCGACCACCCUUUUCUCUUUUUCAUCAGACACAACAAAACUCAAACCCUUCUCUUCUAUGGCAGGGUCUGUUCUCCUUAA